UAACAAUUGAUUACUAUAGGAGUUGUCAGCGCGAAAGACAAUAUUAACUUUAUAGUUUAAAUAAAUCGAAAACAACGUUUAAAAACGGCGAAUACUAUUAGUUUAUGAAAAACCCGAUCCGACACUUAAAUUUGGCUUUUAUUUGUUGACAGAAUGUGAAACUAUACGAGACGCAGGUCGAAAAAAAAAUUAAAAACGCGCGCAUACAGUAUGGCUUGUUGAAAUAAACAUUAAUAAAAUAACUAUUUGAAAGAGAUGCACAGUAAACCAUGAAGAAAAGCAAAUAGAAACAUUCGGUAAUGCCAGUGUACAUAUUUGUUUGUAAUGUGACCGAUGCAAGAAUAGUGUAUUUUUAAACAAGUCUCGGGCGCUGAUAGCUCACGCGCACAGGACACAAGUCCUAACAUAAAAUUGUCGAUUCCACGCCAUCUAUGUAACUCAAAGCGUUAAAAAGCAGCAAAAGUUUCGAUUCCUUUGCAAACAGGCUUAACAAGGACCCCAUCUUAAUGCACAUAUUUUCAAAUAUAAUUUUGUGAAAAACGGCAACUAUUUUGAGUACGAUGAGCAGCGUCACCCAAGAAUUUUGUGUACGCUGGAACAGCCAUUUGGGCAGCAUUGGAGCUGCAUUUCCACAGCUCUUAGCUGGUCAGAGAUUCGUCGAUGUAACGCUGGCCUGCGAGGGUCACCAGUUGCAUUGCCAUCGCUUGGUGCUGGCCGCGUGUUCCACCUACUUUGAGGCGAUACUGGCAGAGCAUCCGUGCAAACACCCCGUCAUCAUAUUACCACGGGAGAUCAAGCUAUGGGAGAUUCAAGCACUCGUGGAUUUCAUGUACAAGGGGGAGGUUAAUGUCACACAAGCCGGACUUGGUCAGUUACUUCGCUGUGCCGAACAACUUCAGAUUCGCGGUCUAUACGGUUCCGAGGCGACAAUAAACUACAAGAAACUGCAUCAGGCAAGUCUGGAUGGAGGUGUCAAGGAUUUGGUAUCAACACUGAAAGGCAAUAAACAAGUGGAUGGUACCGAGACAGAUGACGCAGCCACUAACUCAACCACCUCAACGAUAACCACCUCCGCUCCACCGUUACCUGUUAACCAGCAGCAACCGACAGUAUUGAAGCGAGAGAACCAGGAUGUGCGCCAGCGACCACAGCUAAAUGGUAGUAAUGCUCAACAGCCAUCGAAGGCGACCUCUGCCGUUGUUUCCGGCAGCCACUCAAAUGCAGCAACUGAAGAUGACUCUGCCGAUGAGGUCUCCAACAAUUGGAAUGCCUACAGGGAUCAUUUUGAGGAUUAUAAGGUGUCUGCGCCAGCCGUUACCAACAACAUGAAUGCCCAACUAUCUCUUCAGCAGACUAGGAUACAACUGCAACUGCAGCAGCAGCAUUAUUUGGAUUCUAAUGUUGAGGACGACCACAACUAUGUAGCCGCUCAUGAUGAAAAUAAUGAUAGCAGUUUUACAGCAGGAGUGGGCUGCGCAUCCGGUCUGUCUGUCAGCCUUGACACUGAUCUCGACACAUCUGCAAACACUUCCGUUGGAUUGAUGCACAAUUCAAUCGAUGGCUAUACUUCAUACAAACGUGUCCGGCGUUCUGAAGCAUCGCUAGCACAAGCGGCCAAAUGUGUUUCGAAAGGCGAGACAUUCCAAACUGUCAGCAAUAUGUUCAAUAUUCCCGUCUCCACCAUUCGCUUCUAUAUGGCGCGAAAAGGAAUUCUUCCGAAACGAAAACGUGGCCGUGGAGCUUCCCAUGCUGGAAACAUAAUAAUCACAAACUCAGGAAAACUCUCAACCGUCCCUGCGAACGUAACUCAUCCCCAGUCUCAUCACAUGUCUUUGGACAGCAUACAUCUAAAGGCCGGCAUCACGAAUACCAGCGGUAGCAAUAGUCCAGCGACUGCUACGGCUACGUCAAUGUCACCAUCGUUUGACAUGGCCACAUCAGCGGAUAUCGUGCCUUUUCACCUCCAUAGUGAUGCGGCGGAUUACAAACUGAACGAACAAAAGUUGCACAUGAUCUAACCACGCAGAUUGCUAAGCUGUACUUUACUAGUAAGGCAUAUAUAUUAAUGGAGAGCGACUUUCGAGCAGUUAAAGUUUGGGAAGCUGCUUUUUUUUCAAUUUUGGGAUACGCAUCGGCUCGUGUGGGAUCUUUAGUCAUAACAUAGUCAACGAAAUACUGUACAACUUUUUUCCUUAUAUUUUUUUAUUACUUUUGAAGUCAAUAGUUUUAUCAUUGGUUCAUUAUACAUACUGUUCAACCAUUAUUGAUCAUCAAAUUAUUUAAAAAAUUAUUACAGUAGACGUAUUCUAUAUUCAAGGACUUUGACUAAAACUUGCGUAAAAAUUUAAAAAAUGUUUUUUGUCGCCCAGUACUUUAAGAAAUUACUGUAUUGUUAUUAAGCUAAAUAAAAUCAAACCUGGAAACUUUAACUAGGUUUUUGUGUGAUUGAAAAUAUAAGAUGACAAUUCAUAAUAAAAAUUAAAUGUCGUAAAGACAUAA